CGGGUUCCUGGGCUUUAGGGCCGGCUCCCUGCGUCCUGGCGCGGUGGUGGCGGAGGCAGCUGGCGCUCGGCUUUGUGGCGUGCACGGGUUCCACCGAGUGUCGUGGAGGCACAGCCAGCGGGGACACUCUGCCUGGUCGCGGGUGCCGCAUGGCUAGCCCCGCUCGGUCCGGCUUCCCGGCGCGCACGAACAGCCGUCUGGACGCGUUCCUGCGGCGGCACCUGGCACCCGAGGUCUACGACGCCGUCCGCGCCUACGAGCCGUGCAUCGUGGUGUCCGACGCAGAGAAGCACACGUUCAAGUACGUUGUGCUCAGCGACCGGCUCAUCUACCUGACCGAGAACCCGCCCAAGUCCAUCCGGCGGGUCGUGGCUCUGCGGGACGUCGUGGCCAUUGACCUGAUCGAUGAUUACCCAGAAUUUUUGAAUUCACCUGAUAGAGAGAUCAACCAGCACAUUCGUAUUGUCUAUUCUUCAACCGUUUUGAAAAAAGCGUGCGGAAAAUCCAAAGGUGUCGGGAAAUUCCUAUCUUCCCUUCACCACAGCAAGGCUACCAGGAAAGUCAAGCAAGAUAAUAAUGGACCUACUUUUUGGAGAAGAAAAGAUCCUAGGAGUCUGAACAAAUCCUCUCUCAGGUCCCACCAGGAGAGCAGCACGCCAUUCAAGGACUCAACGCCCUGUCCUUCAGACCUCGACCAGCUGUCUCUUCCUGGCCACGGUGUCCCUCGGCCUUUGCCUACUCCCUCUAGGAGCUGCCAGCCUACGGCAGCUACAGGCCAGGCUGCUGGCUGGCCGCCUUUUGCGUCAGGCACAGAAGGGCAGGAGCUUUCAAGUCACAAAGACUCCCCAAGUGAAAGCCUUGUCAGGCUUGAUAGGAGCAGGAAUGAGCUGCGCUUAGGGAAUUCUCUCCCAGGUCCUCCUUCACAGGGCAGCUCCAGUCUAGAGAAGGAGGAGGCGGAGCUUCAUCUGUACAUUAUUUCUGAAACCUCAUCCAUAUUUCGGCACUUAAAGAGCUCGUGGAACAACUACAUUAUAAGAGCUACCCUUUCACAAGAUCCCCUACGCUCCAGUGAAGACAGUCUCGUCAGUGGGACUCCAAAGCCAUACAGAUCCGAGGAGAAAAUCAAGCACUUCAGUCAGCUGAAAUCUGAACUUUUUCUUCAAGACAACACUCUGAGGAAGAUUCUGAGUUUAAUCACGGAACUUAGAAUAGCAGCCCAGAGAAAUUUUAUCCUAAAAAGACUUUUCUGGAAAACCAGUGAGCUUUUCUACUUUCUAGUGAACAAACUUCAUGAGUAUUUGCCAGAGUCUCGGAAUAAAACUGCACUUCAAAAUAAAAGCCAAAGGGCCAAUGAGCUGGUGGCAUGUAUUGAAAUUAUACAGACCCUAGGACUGAUGUUCAGAGAAACAGAAAUUGAAUCAUCACGAUUGAGCACACUGGCAGCUAAGAAGGGAACACUGUUUAAUCUCUUAGUAAUUUUAAUUAGUGAGCCUAAGGUUCCAAAGUCUUGCUCCCCGUCUGACACCCAGCCACAAUCUGACUCAACUUCAGCCGAAAUGUCUUUUGAUGCUCAGUUACAGAAACUCACCCUGGAGUAUACAGAUACGGCUACAGCCCUGCUCUAUGAGAUUCUUCUUGUCUUUCAGCAGGGAAAUCUUGGAUUGGGAUCCACAAAGUUUGCUAUUACCUGGAUGAUGUCUUUUCUACAGAGCUGUCCUCCCACAAUGGCUUUUGUGGCCAGUAUUGUGAAGCGGGUGGUGAGCGGGCUUUCAGCCUCGCUCCAGCUGCUGAGUCCCUGCCAAGCGGUUCUGUUGUACCAGCAAUUUUACAUCCUCAAGAGCUGCCUGCAGUACAGCAAGACUCUCGCCGAGUGCAUCAGGAACGACCACAGCGAAGAGUUCAGGUACUUCAUUCACAUGCCAGCCUUGGAAAAGAGACUCCCUGUAUGGUACCCUAUUACGGAGCCUACCACUCAACUCUGCCAUGAAGUUCUACAGUUGAUUGAACAGAAACAAUAUGCAAAAUUUUCGAGGAGAUAAAGUAUAAAGUGUUCGUUGAAGUCAA